GUGGUUUUCUUAAUCUUUCUUUGACCAAAUAAAUACUGGCCUUUAAAAAGCGGACACAUUGGUAAGGUGCAUAUGUGCGAAUCAAAGUGGGGUGACUACGGAAGAAUUGUUUGUGGAAAGUGUGGAAAGCAUUGUUCUACACCUUGAUGGUGGCCACAACGACAAUCACAACAACGCAACAUUUCUACCCCAUUUCCCAGAGAAUUGUUUCGCAAGCUGGUUUUGCACAAUUUGGCCAACAACAUCGACCCUGACCUGCACCGCCAGAGCUCUUUAAUCGUCGGUUGAGAAAGAUAAAUCCGGAUAUAAAGUCACGAGAAACCAUAGUCUUGUGUCGACAAAUGAUUCUGGAACUGAUUUUGUCCUGAAAGCGGGUUUUGAUAUGGAACAUGAACAAAAAUCACACGACAAAUUAACGACGGAGCCUCCAAACAUAACAGCAGACAACUUUGAAGACUACUUGGUAGUAGAUGAUUUACUUGUGGAUUAUUUCAAUGCAUUUCUCAGUCUACUAAGUUUUCCAACGCACAUAUGGUAUAACAAAGAAAGGCAGAAUUUUGAAAUAUUUGACAGUGCUGAGAAAAAUCUUUUGAAGCAGCUGAAAGGUUUGGUGCGGGCUUACACACCUAUUGACCCUAUCUACUAUGUGACAAGCAAAUCAAAGCAACAGGAUCCUAAAUUUGAACAGAAUAUCACUGCUCGGGAUAAAAAAUUUGAUGACAAAUUCAUUGUGCAGUGCUUGAACCGGGAGCAGGGUGUUGAAUGGAUAAAAGAUGAAAGACUCCCAGCAUUCCUUAAGAGUGACUGUUAUAUUGAGUACAGACUUGCAAAACUACUGUCUCAAUUGGAAUGCAAAACUGGCCCUGGGAUGCCACAGGUAGACCGAUCAUAUGUCCCAUGGCAUAUUGAAAAAGAAGAAGCACCUGCCCCUAAAACUGUAGACAAGUCUGAAGACAUGAUGGAUAAGCUAUAUAUCUGUCGCGGAGAGCCUGGCCCGCUUGUUUUUGAUUCUGAUAUCACCGAGCGAUGGCGAAUGUUUGAGAAGGACUACUCUCAUUAUAUCCGCAUCAUUCACCGAAACGAUCCUGAUGAUUUGAAAGCUUCUCUGCUGUUGAAUUUAGCGGGUCAGGAAGCUAUGAUCCGCGCUGACUCGUUUGAAUUUGCACCAGCUCAAAUGGAUGGGAAUGGUCAGAAUCCUAGAGAGAACAAGAUUUUUUGCUCGAAUGCAACAGACGAUGAGCCUGUGGAACGAUUCAUCAGUGACUUGACAUAUCAGCUCUCAAUGCAGAUUUGUGGGAGUACAGCUUCAAGGACGAAGCUCCACCUGAUUCAACAAGACCCAUCUGAUUCUGGAUCCCAUGAACAAGACGAAUCUUCCCACGGGAACGACUCUGAUAACACAGACACUGAGUCUACCGUACUUUCCCUAAACCUGCGUACCCCAGGCAAAGUGACUGAUCCUGCAGUGGCCAUGAUAAUCAAUAACAAACCCCUGAUCGCCAAAGUCGAUACUGGUGCCAGGGUAAAUGUCAUGUCACUCAAAGUGUUCAACAAGAUAAGAACCACUGAGCUCAUGAAAAAAGACUCCUCCACUCUAACACCUCCUAAAGAUUUGAACACAGCAUUCAAACGUCAACACUACCCAAUGAGGACCACAGAAGAUGUAGCGGCACAAAUCGUUCAAAAGCGCAUGCAGUCCAAUCGAGACGCACAGAAACGUGCUUACGAUAAGACCAGCAAACCACUUAAGCCAUUAAUCCAAGAUCAAGUGGUCCGACUACAGGCAGACAAAGGACACACCAAACUGGGGUUCAUCCAUGGCCCCGCAAAGGAACCACGUUCCUACCUUGUCGAUGUCGGUGGUACCAUCUACAGACGCAACCGUCUACACCUCCUUCCAGUGAAGGAACGGCGUCCGGCGCUCCAGAAUCUUGACGCACCACCACUUAACUUUAAAGUGAUUGCUGUUCCAGCCGUUCCAGCUUCUGUUACCCAAGUUAAAGCGUUGUUCACAGAAGCAAAUGAAGAAACUACAACAAAGGUGGUUGAAUCUGACCAUUCACUACUGAGGUCAUCUUUAACUCUUUCUUCGGCAGUAAUUAAAGGGGUGGGAUCUGGUUCUGCGUUAUUGGAUGAUAUGAUGGUCAGUGUUGAAGCUGGAAAGAUGCCAGUUAGAUCCCAAGGUCUCAGACGUCAAUCAAGUUUAGUAUAUUUAGACAAUGGUCCUGAUAAAUGCAUUAGAGAUUCUACAAGACCUAAAGUUGUGGAUAAUGAAAUAUUUGAAUUUGUGCCUGAAUACCCUUUGCAGACACCAGCAACAAUUUUUCUUAAAGUGCAGUCAGAGAGAGAAGCUGAGCACAAAAUAGAAGAAGAAGAACAACCCAGCACCAUUGAUGAAACAAAGACCCAUGAUGAUAAGGCUGGGACAGAUGAUAACAUAACAGUCCCAAAUUCAGAGAUCGACCAACCUUAUAUAAUCAAUGAAACAGAACCUGACACAAAUACUACCACAAAGUCCAAUGGUAUUAUUGCAGCAGAGGUGACUGUUUCAGAAUUACCGCCAAUAAAUGUGGAGAACUCAAUUGCAGUGAAUGAUGAUGCAAAGAUGCAAGCUUUGGCAGAAAUCUUGGCUGAGGAAAUUCAAGAAUCCGAUUCUUCCGGCGAAGAGGAUAACAGAGAUUUCUUCUACAUUACACCAAGUCAUAGCUCCAGUUUCAAGAACAGAAAGGGCAUUGAAAAAUUCAAGAAAUUUAUUUGUGGAACAGCUGGUGAGAAAUACUGGUGGUUGUGGUUAGAUAUUGAUCGAUUAAAGGUUAUCACAGAUGAUAAUAAGAGACAAAGAUAUCUGAACAUAAUACAGAAUCGAUAUUUGUUUAGUAACGGGGAAUACUACAUAAACGCAGAAGCACGAGCAAGGCUGGGUCUCUCAUUUAUAUCACAAUGGUCUGUGGAAAAAUUGUUUAACAUUCAGAACAAUGUAGCAGAGCCUCUGCUUUUAUAUUGGGGUCCAAGGUACUGUGUGAACAAAGGAUUUCCCAUAAGACAAGCUGGUAUUGUGCUGAAAGAUUGGGAGGAUCGCCAAUUAAGACCUAAUUAUAAUGCAAGACUACUUCCUAAGAUCACUGCUAAGCCACUACUUGGUGCCAAGAUGGACUGCACUCCGAAACUGGAGAAAGGGAAGGAACAUAAAACAGUGGCGGCUGCUCAUCAGACUACAGAUGUUAUACCACAGUUAAUGGAGAAUUGUCCUAGAAUCAUGCCCAACGACCAUCCAGCCCUUAGUGAGAGUAUGGACCAGCCUCUCAAUUUAGUGAACAGUGUUGGGUCUCAAAUCUCAAAAUCAAAAGAUACUUUUACAGAUCGAGAAUUUCACAAAGCAAAGGAAGUCCACACUUUGGAGAAGUUGAUACGGAUUACAAAAUACCAAGAGGCGAUAUGCAGUUAUAAAAUGGAUGACCUACUGCAAGCCCUCCAGAAUGAAAGCAGAACAGGAUUUAUCUUCACCCAUUUUUGUGAACAAACGAAAAAUUCAUUAUGGCGAAAUGCUGUGCACCUGUGGUAUGACCUGAGAGAGUAUCAGCAACUUUUCUUUUCAGAAAUCUUCCAACCUUUUAAACUCAGGAGACAAGCACAAUAUAUUUUUGCUACAUACAUUGUAGAUGGGUCUCCAUCAGAUAUUGACAUAGAUACCGAGAAUAGGAAAAUUACCUAUAAAAAAUUGGAUCCACCAUUUGAAGACUUGUUUGAUCAAAUAGAGGAACACACUCUCAUCUCGUUACUUGCACCUUGGAUGCACAUGAUUGAAAUUGACAUGACAAGAUAUCGAAAGGUGCAGCUUACAAGAGAGACUCGUUUUUUGGAUUCAGCAUACUACAAGAAACUUCAAAAACUUCAGAAAAAGAUUUGGCCAAAUGAAGAAAUGUUUCUUCCUGUAAGUUCACCCUGUCAAGUACAAAUUCCAGUUGAUAUCAAAACAGAAGACUAUUGGCAGAAAGUUCCUGAUAAAUUCCGUAAUUACACUUUGGAUGUACUCAUUAACAAUCGCAUAGAAAUUGAGAAUUUCCAGACAUUCCUUAAAGACAAUUUUGCUGGUUUGGAUCUUAACUGCUGGUUGGAUAUUGAAAACUUUAGAAGAAUACCUCACACUGAAUCGGAAGACAGAGUUAACAAGUCCAAAGACAUAAAGAGCAAAUAUCUGAAUCGAAAGUACUUCUUUGGACCCAGCAGCCCUGCUACGAAUGAACAACAGCAUGAAGUAAUGAAAUUAGCUGGAGGAUGGGGCAUGUUGCUCCAUGAACAGCUGUCUUCAAAUGUUCUAACUGAGAUACAAAGAUAUAUAAAAGUGCGCAUGGAAAGGAAAUGGCUACCGAUGUUCUUGGCCACAGCGGAGUUUGCUGAGAGGCACCACAUACGGGUAAAAGUGCAGGAUGUGGUGGAGGACCGAAUGUUCCAACAUAAAAGGAGGGAAAAGGGUGUAUUAGAGCUCUCGGAAAAUAAAAUAAUUUCCACAACAAAAGAAAUCAUUGCCUUUCGUAAAGCCUUGCUAAAUCCAAUAACAGGUCUCCAAUUUCGACAGUUGGUGUCACUCAAAGGAGAUUUAAUGGAGAAUAAUGUGAUUUUCUGGAUUGAAAUUCAAAAAUAUAAGGACAUGUGCCAUUCCAAAGCCAGUGAUGAAAACAUUCAGAAUAAGAUCACUGCCAUUAUUAAUUGUUUCAUCAAUUCCAACAUUCCACCAGCUUUGCAAGUUGACAUUCCACCAGAAUGUGCAUAUAAAAUUAUAAAUGAAAGGCAGAAACAGGGAAUAUAUAUUUUCAGAGAAGCACAGAUGGCAAUUUUUGAAAUCCUCAUCAAACUGUGGCCAGAAUUCAUAAACUUCCGACGUAGUAUAGUUGAUGAAAGCAGCCUACGAUAUGCAGAAGAAAGACAAAGAAAGAGACAAGAAAUUAGAGGGAGCCCAACUGAGAACAUUCAGAAAGAGGAAAGCGAGGAAAGCAGCCGGGAACAUGAAUAAAUUCCUGGCACCAGGUCCAUUGGAGAACAUUCUUCAAGAGACAGCUUGAUUCAGACAUCUGGUGAUUCAUCAGUGUUAAGGGUUCUUGUUUGAUCAGAAGCUAAACAAGUUGCUGAAUUUGAAUAAAGUCUUGGCCAUUAAUCUUUAAUAGGAAUCUAUGAGAUUGAGAUUAGAAUUGAAUAUUUAAAUUAUAUUUGUGGGCAAAACAUUUGAUGGUAUCAUAGGAUAGUUAUAACACAGUGUAGUUACAUCAUUAUUUGUCCCAUUGCAUCUCAAUGGUUCUAGGCAAAACCAGUCAGUCCCACCUCCCAGCUUGUUUUCUGUUUUCCUAUAUAUUUUUUUCUUGCCCAAUAAUUCAUCCAAUUUCAUUUCAGAAGUUUCCAUGUCGUGUCUUCAAACAACAUGAAAAUAUUUUCAACCCUUCAUCAGACAAUUUUUAAUAUUUUUUUUGUGCAUCUUUGCUAAGGCCUCAACCUCUACCAGUAUGGAACACAAUAUUCCAGUGUCUCCUUUUGACAUAAGAGAAAGCCAGUUAGGGCUAUCAAGUCUAUUGCUGGCUCACAGGGCAAUCCUCUUUCCCUUGCUGAUUUUCCCCGUAAUCUGUUCUUCCCACAUUCCCCGCAAUGCCCAUUAGAUUCUGCCACUCACCUCAAAGUAGGGAAAUUUUACAAUUGACAAUUAAUCUACCGAUCAACAUGUUUUUGGGAUGUGGGAGGAAACUUGAGUAACUGGAGGAAAUACACAUGGCCACAGUGAGAAUACUAUAUGUAAACUCUGCACAGACAGCACAAGUGAUCAAGAUUGUCUGAUUCAUUGGAGCUGUGAGGCAGCUGCUCUAUUCGAUGCACUACUAUUCUGCCCACAUUUAUGGUUUACUAGACUAAGUGGGACUGGUUGGGUCCCAUGUUCACACGGGAGGGCUGGUCCCCCGACGCAAUAUUCCACCUCUCCACCAAUUCCAAUAUUGGUGGCCAGUGGGGGGGCUUUCUGGAGCGCUGGCAUAGGUUCUUGGGGUGAAACCACCAUAAAACCACACAAAACACCAAACACAGUUCAGUAGACAUUCAGUGUGUUCAGUUGAUUCACAGCUCAGACAGAGUUGUGACCUCUCCCUCCCCCAUCAUGCAGAGACUGAGCCACACCCACACUUCUGGGUUUUAUAACCCCUCCCCCUCCCACCAGGAAAGGAGUGGCCUUCAUGGCGUGAUUGACAGGAGAGAGAUUCUCAACAUUUUUUAAACACUAAUAACACUUUUAUUUUUCAUUGAUGGAAAGAAUUCUCUGCACCUGCUCAGCGGAGGGGGACUGAGUAAGAUGGCCAAAAAUCACAGCCGUAAGUGAUAGCGUUUUAUCUAAAAUCAAUAUACAGUGCAAACAGGAAGUAAGUCUUUCAACUUCAAGCCAAAGCACCCAAGCCACCAUUUGCAGUAAGUAGUGCCUUUCAACUUCAAGCCAAAGCACACAAGCCACCAUUUGCAGCAAGUAGUGCCUUUCAACUUCAAGCCAAAGCACCCAAGCCACCAUUUGCAGCAAGAAGUGCCUUUCAACUUCAAGCCAAUCACCCAAGCCACCAUUUGCAGUAAGUAGUGCCUUUCAACUUUAAGCCAAAGCACCCAAGCCACCAUUUGCAGUAAGUAGUGCCUUUCAACUUCAAGCCAAAGCACACAAGCCACCAUUUGCAGUAAGUAGUGCCUUUCAACUUCAAGCCAAAGCACCCAAGCCACCAUUUGCAGGCAGUGUCUUUUUACUUCAAACAAACCAUAUUUUCAUUUUCAAACCACAUUAAGGGGACUUACAGUUGAGUAGACAUUUGUUCAGUGUUAUUCAGAGCUCAGAGAGACAUGACCUUUUGGCUGCAUCCAUCUUGCAGAGACUGAGUGAGGCACACCACUUCCUGGUUUUAUAGUCCCUCCCUCUCCCUCCAGCAGGGGCAGCAGAGAGAAUGGUGAUUUUUAAAAAAAACAUUAAUAUAUAUCUGAUUUGUCAUCGAUGGGAAAAAAUCCUCCGGUCCAGGAAGGCGGAGGGGGGCUCUGAGCAAGGUGGCCAAAAAUGACGGCCGUAGGUGGCGGCGUUCUCUCGGAAAUUGCAGCACAGUGGGCCAAAAGCGGUCAAGAUCAGACUUUUAGUAAUAUAUAAGAUACGGUUCUAAAAUAUCUUUGCUUUUAUACUGUGUGUUUUCAGAAAGCCCCCCCUGUUGCAUGCUUUUUAUUCAUUGUUUUUUCAAUCUGUUUUACCACGGAGGUACCCACAUUUCUCUGAUCAUGCAUCCCUUUUACACUUCUUACAUAAUAUGUCUUUCAUUGUUCUUCCUCCCAAACUGGACAGCGUCAUGCAGGCCCUGGCUCGGGCUCAACCAUUCACUCACUGUUUAUUUCAGGUUCAGCUGGCAGAUUUAUAAAUAUGUCUCCUCCAAAAAUGGAUCCAUGAAAGAAUGAAUAACGGAUGGCUACAAAUGUACCACUGUCCUAGAUGCUGCAAGGUAUCCAAUGACAGUGUCUAAAAAUACUGCAAUUUCUCACAAUUAAAGGUGAGUCUAUCCCUCAGACACUAUGUCUGGCAGUAGUGGACUAGGAUUGGAUCCCUACUCACACAGAAGGGGAUCUUUUAACCUGGAGAUUAAGUGAAAAAAGUUCCAACAUGUUAUAUAAUUUUACUUAGUUUAUUUUAGUUAAUGCUUUCAAUUAAUGCUUGCACUUUAAUCAAAUUUGUAUCUUUUUAUAAAUCAUUCAAAUUUGUAUUCAUUUAUAACAAUUUAAAUAGUUUUAAAUGUAUGUGUAACAGAGAUUUGUUACAAGGCUUUGACAACAGGCUGGACUCCCAUACCCAACAUUACCUCUUAACAAUGAAACCAUUGUUAAGAGGUAAUGCACAAUGUUUACCUGGUUUACCAGGUUACUGAUCACAGCAGCAUGUGGCCUGGUAAACCAGGUAAACAUUGCACAGAUCCUUGCUGGCAACACUCCAAGUGAACUGGCCAGACCUCUGUAUCCAAACCAGGCACCUACAGACAAGCAAGGACCAUUAGCAGCGAGUCCAUAUUUGGCUUAGAAGCAUAGGUGCAGGAGUAGGCUAUUCAAGCCAGCACCACCAUUCAAUAUGAUCAUGGCUGAUCAUCUAAAAUCAGUACCCUGUUCCUGCUUGUUCCCCAUAUCCCUUAAUUCCUUUAGCCCCAAGAGCUAAAUCUAACUCUCUCAUGAAAACAUCCAGUGAAUUGGCCCCCCACUACCUUCUGUGGCAGAGAAUUCCACUUGAUUUUGCUCUUCUCUCAUUUCAUCUGUCACACAGCAACCUUUUCUGACACAGCAUACCAUACCAUAAUUUUCCAGUAAGAGUCCAGUAGUUAAUGCUCCUGAAUUUUCAGCUGCCUGCACUCACUGCUCAUCGUAUGAGAACUGAUCAUAUUUGUCUGACUCCCCUGACCUCCCUACCAUCGAGGGGAUCUACCACAGCCGCUGCCUCAAAAAGGCUGCCAGCAUCAUCAAGGACACACACCAUCCUGGCCACUCACUCAUCUCCCCGCUGCCCUCAGGUAGAAGGUACAGGAGCCUGAAAUCUGCAACAUCCAGGUUCAGGCAUAGCUGCUUCCCCACAGCCAACAUACAACGCUCUGAACAUUAAUAGCCCAUUCCAUGGGCUAUCUGUUUAUUUAUCUGUGUAUAUAUUUAUUCAAUGGUAUAUGGACACA